AUGGCCCCCAACCCUGGCAAACCGACGCAGAGCCUCAAGCCACUCGGUAUUAACUCCCAUGCCCAUUCCGCCCCGGCGGCGUUUCCUUCAAGAAAGUCGGACACUGCAUUUAGCAAACCAGGAACUCGUGGCUUCGGAAUACACAACCUAGAUGGCCAGCCAUAUUCCAGGCAUAGCCUGUCGCAUCCUGCUUUGGAGAUCGGCAUCUCGGAGCGACUCAUUCGUACAUGGUUGGCCAAUGUCGGGAACCAGAGGAAAUGGCACGUUGCAUCAACAAAAAUGGACGAAGAAAAAAAUGGCCCUAUUGAGAAUGUCUCACCGCGCAGCUCAACGCCCGCUCAAAAUGCCGCUUCUCACCAAGACGUCUUUCUUUGUUCUUCUCUUUCACGCUCAAUAUCAACAAGUAGCCACAAUGCACGCGGGUGGCGUGGCCUCACAACAUGCAGGAUGAUGCAGCCCGACGGCUCCAAAUACGAGGUCCUCAGCCUCGUCCAUGCCAUUGGCACCAAUGCGCGACCAUGGCUACCAAAACCUCACCACCACAACGAGUCGUGA